CUUCUCUGCUUGAGUUUUCAAGCUUUCCAUCUACCUGUUUGUGGACUAUCAUGAAGGAAGAGCCUUGGCUGAUUUAUCUUACAGUUGUAACUCGUCCUUAACUUGCGGUGACUCUCAGUGCCCGAUUCUUGGGAUUUGGCAGAAGUUGCUGAAGCCUGCAUGCUGCUUCAUGCAGACACAUUUUCAUGACUUCCUGGUCUAGCCGACAGCCCUUGUACUCCAAAGAGAUUUUCACCCAUGUUCUAACCAGGCAUGAUCCUGCUAAGCUUCUGAGCCCAGCCACAUUUGGCCAAAUGCUGCCACCUGCGUUCUGGGUCAUGAAACUUAAUCCACAGCAAGGUCCAUUGUAUGGUGACUGCAUAAUCACCGUAUUGCUUACAGAAGAUGACCAAGUCGAAAGUGACGAUGUAAUUUUUUAUCUUGUUUUUACUGGAUCCGCCAUUCAGCACUGCACCAGCACUAGGAAACUUGAUUCGGGGACGUUGGAAACCAUUGCUCCAGGCCACGACUGUUGUGAGACAGUGAAAGUCUCUCUCUGUGCCACCAAGCAAGGCCACCCUCUUCUGGUGGUGGCGGAGGACAGCUUCCAGUUUGUUCAGGAUGAAGCUUACGAUGCAGCCCAGUUCCUGGUGUCAUGCGCUGGGAACCAGCAAGCGUUAAACUUUACACGUUUCCUGGACCGCUCCAGGCCACCCGCUGGGGAUUUGGAUUUUUUAGAUGAGAAAGUAACGUUGGCGUUUCGUCACCUGAAACUGCCGACUGAGUGGAACGUGUUGGGAGCAGACCACAGUCUCAGUGAGAAUGUUCCUCGGGAGACUUUGUUGCACUUUGCAGCCAGACUUGGUUUGCUGCGGCUGACGUGGUUUCUGUUGAAGCAACCAGGUGGCAGAAGGGCCGUGAGAGUUCCCAACAGCGAAGGAGCCACACCGGUGAGCUUGGCCUUGGAGAGAGGCUACCAGAAACUGCAUCAGAUCCUAACCAAAGAAGAAGCCAAUGAACCAGAUUCCUGGAGCACCCUGUCGCAUACGGUACUUUCUGUGGACUUCUGCAUCAAGCACCACCAAGGCCUAAAUGUUUACACUCUGACAGUGAAAACGAAGGAAGGAGCCAAAUUGAACAUGGAGAAAGACAUCCUCCAGUUCCAGAUGCACAUCCAGAAACUCCAGCAUAUGAAUGUGAAUGAACAUCAUUGUCCAGCGCAGACCUGUGAGGACAUCAAUUUGGGAUCUGGGCCUGAGGGCCUUGAAGCUGCUGCAGAGCAUGGCUUGGAUGUAUUGGUAGCUGAAGCAACUCAGAAAGGUUCUUCUGAUCCUCUGGAUCUUGAUGCAGUUCAGGUCUCACCCCCUGGCCACCUUGUGGAGGAAGGCAGCUCCCAGCAACUGAAAGAGCUUUUAGAUGCAUCACCAGAGAUGUUGGGGUUGGAGGAAAUGCAGAACCAAAGGACUUCCUGUCAAGGCAAAAUAUUGCCACACAAAGAGGAAGGGGAGGGGUCAUCCUCCGCUGUAGAUGUUGGGGCAGUAUUGGAAGAAAAUGACAGCAGGGGAACUUUUCGUGAUGCUGCUGGCCUCCCCUCCUGUGGAAAUACCAGCAAAGAAGCUGGAAUGAGCUCCUCCAAUGUUUCUUUGGAGCAAGGGAGCUUAUGUGAAGGAAAUAAUUUCUUCCAGGAACCACAGCUGGCUGAAUCAAGAGCAGCUGAAAAUAACACUCCAUCUCCAGCUUCCUGUGAGGGCAGCAAUGUAAGUAUGGGACAGGGUGAAUGCAAGAGCUGCACAGGGGCUAUGGAUGUUAGCGUGACAGCCCAACAGUGUAUGGAAAAUGGGGAAACUGAUGUGGAGCCUUCAGGGACCACAGCUAUGGAAGCAUCACACACCAAUCCUGCUGCCUCCUUCCUUGGAGAUGGUGACACUGCUGUUGUCUGCAAAGAUGAGAAUGAGCCAACCUCAGUGCAACAGGGUCAUGGAGAUGUGAUUGUUAAUGCAGAAGUGAGUUCUGUUGACAGUGGAAGUAGCAAAGAGACUGGAGCAGAGAAUCCCACUGACAGUGAAGCAAAAAACAAUUUUACAAAACUGUCAGAGAUGAAGGAGAAGGAGAACAUUGCUCCAAACCCUGGAAUAGAACUGGUGGCUAUAAACCUUGCAGACACCUCAGGAUUUUCUCCGGAGCAUCCUCCUGUGAUGGAAGGGAAUGAUCCAGGGCAACUGAGAGAUGCAGACAUGGCUACUGAGAAGAGUGCUUUGGACGUGAGCAGCAAAGGACUGAGCACUUCUCCAGAUGGUAACAUGGAAAACCCCAGGGCAAGCCAAACAUGUGUGCAGUCCCAGGAUGUCUGUGGUGGAGCUGAUAUCCCAGAGACCCCAGCUAUAGUGCAGAGUGAGCAAAAAGUAAUUGAUUCGACACCAUUAGAGACUGAAGCCACCUGCUGCAGCUCUGAAGGAAAUGCCAAUCCUACCAUGCUUGGUCCAGGGUCUCUUGCUGCAUGCCAGGAUGAUAAACAGUAUUUUGGCAAAGAGCAAGAGUUCAGUUGCUCUGUACUACCUGCAGAUCCAGUUGAUGUCCCUGAAUCACAUCCAAAUGUUCUCAACUCUCUUAUGCUGCCCUCUGCCACUGAGAAGUCUCUCUGUGGACCAGCAGAGAUGAUAGGAAGCAAAGAAGAACUGGAUCAAUCCGGCGAAAGCUUCCAAAAAUGCAUAGCCCUGACAUCAGCCUUGCUUGUUGAAAAAGCUAUUCGGGAGGCUCAGUUGAUGGUUACACAGGAGGACAGUGCUAGAGGAGCCCCUGUUGGUCAGGAGGCUUCUUCACAGCUGGAGGGCCUUGCCCUACCUUUGUGUGGUGAGGGCACCCAGUGUAUUCAGGAGCAUUUAAUGGGCACACCCUCUGCUGCUCAUAAUCAAGACUCCAAACAAAACCAGGAAGUAGGAACAGCAACAAUAGCAGAGGCGGCAGCAGCAGCAGCAGCAGAAGAGCUGCUGACUGGAGUGGCUGAACAGGGAAGCCCAGUGCAAGGUGAGCCAGCAGCCACGUCUCUUGCUCUGGUGGAUGGCUGGGAAGAACACAAAGCACACAGCUCUUCUCAGCUGCCUGAAAGUGAGCAGGAACUGCUUGGCAAGAAGGAAGCUUUGCCGGAGAGCUUCACUCCAGGAGUGCUUGUGCAAUCGCGUCCUUGUGAUCUGGGCAGAGAGCACCCAGUGGAUGGAAGCAAUGCUGAGACUGGCUUAAAGGAGAAAGCCUCCAGUCUGGAAACUGAUGAGCAAGUGAAGGUAGACGCAGUCAGGAAUGUUUCUCCAGAGCCUGGCUUGGCAAAGGGGGCCUCUCUUUGCAACAGGGGGGCUCCUCCUCCUGAGAUCAUGCUGAACCCGGGACUUGAGCUUGGCCCAGCUGGGCAGGCAGCCUCUCCAGCUGGUGGAACAUUGGAUGUGAUGGAAGCUCCUCUGAUGGCCCUUGAACUGUCCAUGGAAGCUAGUCUUUCACAGCACAGAGAGGAGGAGGAGGAAGGGGAACUGGAGAAUGUCCCUUCCCGAAUAUCACUUCAGCCAAUUGCUGAAGAGCCCCUGUGUGACGGUGAUUUGGGUCCCGAAAUGCCCCUCUUGGCUAGCAAGACGGAUGUUAUGAAGCUGGAAGAGUCGGAGAAGGGGAACAGAAAGGCUAGCCAAGCUGAACCAGAAUCACCUCCCUUGCCCCCCUGCCCUUUUCCUGUGAUUGAGCAGUUGGACAAAGCAGGAACGAAAGACUCUGCUCAGGAACCUGAUCGUCUGUUGGAUAAUGCUGACCCGAAGCCCAGUCAAGUGAUGUUGCUGGCAGAAGUGCGUGUCCCUUCGGAAUCUCUUGCUGGAAGUCCCAUGGAAGUCCCCUCCUUAGCGGAAGCCACCUCUGAGUCUGGAUGUCUCCUUAAUGGAGAAGAGGAGUUAAAUUUGCAGCCGGGUAGCAAAGCAGACUCUGCCACCCUGGAACUAACCAGCUCUUCACCUACUGCAGACCCUCUGGAAAUGAAAACUGAAGAAGAGAUGGAUGUUCUGACAGUCCUAGCCGAGAAUGUUGCUUCUGAAGGAAUGAUCAACCGUGAAAGCUGGUGUCCUGUCGAGCCUUCUCCAGAUUCCUUACUGUUGGAGCAGAAACAGCCUUGCAACUCUGCAGAAAGUGAUAAUUUUCUAGAAGACCGAUUAAGUGGCGACGGCGCCUCAUCACAAGGCAUCCUUAAGAGAGGAUCUGGGAGUGAAUCCGAACUCUUUCCUUUCUCCAGGGAUGGACUGGAUGAGGUGGACUUUAGAAAGCAGCCUGAAGAGGAGCAAUCAGUCGGACACAGUACAAGUUCAACCUCUUCAGUGGAUGAUACGAUAUCGCUGGAAAGGAAUUCUUCCAUUGGUAGUAACCUUUCUGUUCCUCGGACUCCUGGCCUCCUUGGGCCCCAGGAGAGGUACAGUCCAGACGGCAGCUGCUUCAACAUGGCGGCGAGUGGAGAGGAUCAAGAUGGCAUGGCAGCAGUCUCUGGAGAGCUGGACGAAUUGCUGGAUAGUGUCACGGAGGUGUCCCCACCUUCUGGCCUGCGGAACUCUUUGAGGCCGUUGUCUCCUUUCCGUCGACAUAGCUGGGGCCCAGGGAAGAACAGUAGCAACAGCGAAGCAGAGAUCAACCACAGGAGUUCAGUGCGACUGCUGGGGGAAGUUGUAAGGAAGGCUCCUUCCCAUAGAAGAAGUUUGAGCUGGUGUCCCUCUGGUGUCCAGUGCACUGCCAUAGAUGCUGACUUUAAUGGUCGAAGUUACAGCUUAGAAGGACUUUCUGGAGAGGCUGAUGGUACUACUAAGCCAUCCUCAAGUCUUGAUGUAGCAUCUAUGAACACCAAAGAUCUUCGGCAGAGUCCUCUAGCAAAUGAUGAACGAGGAUCACUGGUCUCACUCACUGAAGAGGAACAGGAAUCAGAGCUAGGAGAAAUGAGAAGUCAGAUUCUCCAAAGACCACAGCCACAUGCCUUCAGCUUCUGCACGACUCCCGUUUCUCCUCCAUUAACGAAAUCCAUGUCGCUGAUGACCAUUGCUCAAGUGGGAUCAGACAAUAGUACCCGAGCCUUCAGCAGCAACUUGACUCAAAGCAUCAGCGAGGAGAGUGGCAGUUUUCCACCCCCUAGUCCCUCCAGAAAAGACUUGGAACCCAAAAGUGGAACAAAAGUCAGUCGCACAUUCAGCUACCUCAAGAAUAAAAUGUCCAGCAGUAAGAAGAGCAAAGAGAAGGAGAAAGAUAAGGAGAAACUGAAGGAGCGGGACAGAGACUCCAAGGAAAGAGACAAAGAUAAGAUGCUAAAUGGCCAUCUCUUCAGUGCCAUCCCAACAGUGGGGCCCAUCACUUGCUACCAUUGUCUCAAGCCCUUCAACAAGGAUUCAUUCGCCUGUGCAAAUUGUAGUACCAUUGUCCAUAAAAGCUGCAAAGAGAGCGUGGCUGCUUGUGCCAAGGUCAAAAUGAAACUCCAAAAAACCCCAGGUGGGCUUCAGCCUCAUGAUACUUCAUCAUUACCCACAGUAAUUAUGAGAAGUAAGAGUGCUCAGCCAAAAGAGCGACCUAGAUCAGCUAUUCUGGCUCCUGAUGAGGUCACGACGACUUCAGUGUUCAAUAGUAGGCGAUCCCAACAGAACCUGGCCCUUUCAAAAAGUGUCUCAAUUCAGAACAUUGCUGGAGUUGGAAAUGAUGAAAGUGUCCUUCAUACGUGGAAGUUCCUCUCCCAAUCAACGGACUCCUUGAAUAAAAUCAGCCGGGUGAAUGAAUCCAUGGAGUCAUUAACAGAUGAAGGGGCAGACAUGAAUGAAGGUCAGCUCAUGGGAGAUUUUGAAACAGACUUGAAACAGCUGGAAGCUCAGUCUUGGAGUCAGGUGGUGGACAGCAAAUUUCUCAAACAGCAGAAGAAAGACAUUGUGAAGCGGCAAGACGUCAUUUAUGAACUGAUGCAGACAGAGAUGCACCAUGUCCGGACCUUGAAGAUCAUGAGUGAUGUCUACAGCAGAGGCAUGGUACAGGAGCUGCAAUAUGAGCAGCAGAUGGUGGAGAAAAUCUUUCCUUGCUUGGACAACCUGUUAAACAUCCACAGCCAGUUCUUCCAGCGAAUUCUGGAGAGAAAAAAGGAAUCUCUAGCUGACAGAAGCGAGAAGAACUUUGUCAUCAAGAGGAUAGGGGACAUCCUAGUGAACCAAUUUUCUGGGGAAAACGCAGAGCGAAUGAAGAAGACGUACGGGAAGUUCUGUGGGCAUCACAAUGAGGCAGUGAAUUACUUCAAAGACCUUCAUUCCAAGGAGAAAAGAUUUCAGGCGUUCAUCAAAAAAAAAAUGAGUUGCUCCGUGGUGAGGCGCUUGGGCAUUCCUGAAUGCAUCUUGUUAGUAACACAGAGAAUUACCAAAUACCCUGUGUUGCUACAGAGAAUACUACAAUAUACCAAAGAAAACGAUACUGAACAUCAAGACUUGGUGCUUUCGUUAAACCUGGUAAAGGAAGUCAUAACUGCAGUCGAUAGCAAAGUUAGCAACUAUGAGAAGAAGAUGCGCCUUAACGAGAUCUACACCCGGACGGACAACAAGUCAAUCAUGAGAAUGAAGAGUGGGCAGAUGUUUGCCAGAGAAGAUCUGAGGCGCAGGAAGUUUGUCCGGGAUGGGCCUGUUUCUCUCAAAAACGUGGCUGGGAGAUUGAAAGAGGUCCUGGCUGUUCUUCUCUCAGAUGUUCUAAUAUUCCUCCAGGAAAAGGAUCAAAAAUAUGUAUUUGCAUCCCUGGAUCAAAAAUCCACCGUAAUCUCACUGAAGAAGCUGAUUGUCCGAGAAGUGGCCCAUGAGGAGAAGGGCUUGUUCCUAAUUAGCAUGGGAGGAAAAGACCCUGAGAUGGUGGAAGUCCAUGCCAGCUCUAAGGAGGAGCGUAACAGCUGGAUUCAAAUCAUCCAGGACACUAUCAACACUAUGGACAAAGAGGAAGAUGAAGGUAUCCCUAGCGAGUCAGAAGAGGAGAAGCGGGUGCUGGACACAAAGGCCAGGGAACUGAAAGAACAGCUCCACCAAAAAGACCAGCAGAUCAUAGCCCUCUUAGAAGAAAAAGAGAAGAUUUUCAGAGAUAUGACAGAUUGUAGUGGGCAUGAGGAAGGUUUGGGGGCCAGGAUGCUGUUCCGGGCCAACACAGAUGAGGCACCAAAAGGAGAAAGCAUAAUGAAGAAUGUGAUCAGUGAAGUUGAGCAAUUGCAAGGUUUGGUGAGCCGGAGCCUCGGAAGUGCUCUUGGGCAGCAGAUGAGCAGUCUGGUCUCAGAGCAGGAGGGCGUGGGGCCCAUCUCUCUCCCCAGGAGGGCAGAGACCUUUGGAGGGUUUGACAGCCACCAGAUGAAUGUGUAUAAAGGUGGGGAGAAGGAUGAAGGAGAAGAAGUACAGGAUCUUCGGAGGACAGAGUCUGACAGUGUGUUGAAGAAGGGAGGAACAGCUAACUUGAUGUUUGUACUGAAAAGAAACAAUGAGCAGGUCCUCCAGAGUUUAACUCAGCUUCACAGCUUGCUGAGCUUAUUGCAGGCUGUUGUUGUACAACAAGACACCUACAUUGAAGACCAGAAGUUGCUGCUAACAGAGAGGACUUUGAGCCGCAGUUCAUUCCGGCCCAACUCCUUGAUUGAGCAGGAAAAGCAACGCAGCCUGGAAAAACAGCGGCAAGAGCUUGCCAACCUGCAGAAGCAACAGGCCUUGCACCAGGAGGAAAGGAGGAAGAAAGAGAAGGAUUGGGAGGCCCGAGAGAAAGAGCUAACUGAGCGGGAAGCUCAGCUGGCCCAGAGGGAAGAGCAGAUCCAGAAAGGGCAUCACAGCCUGGAGAAGGAGCGGGAGGAGCUGCAGCAGAAGAAAGCAACCUACCAGCUCGAUCUGGAACAUCUCCGGACAGCCCAGAAGCAACUGGAGAAAGAAAAGGAGCAGUUGAAGAGGGAAAUGGAGCAAAUAUCCCAGCCACAGAUGGAGUCCAACCUCAGAUUGCAUCCCAACCAACAUACCAAAAUGAGUAGAACCCCUUCCCUUCUUCCAACAGAGGACUUGUCUUCUAGGCAAUUGUGUUCUUCACUGCCCAAACAGGGGCACUUGGAUACAGAACUUUCUGCAUCACCCAAAAGGAACAGUCUCUCAAGGACACAUAAAGAGAAGACCUCCUUUCAUUUGAUUGGCACUACAACAUCAGGCCAAACCAACAAGCCAGCCGAGGGACACGGGCAGAUGCCCAACCGCCUCUUUGGCUUAGCCAAGCCAAAGGAGAAGAAGGAGAAGAAGAAGAAGAGCAAAGGGCAUCGUUCACAGCCAUCUGAUGCUCACUCUCCAGAAGCAGCACCAGAAAGCGAGGAGAUCUUUUGCUGAUCCCAUUUCUUGUCUCCAGCCAGGCCAUCUCCAGAUCUGCCCUGCAGUGAGGGGCCAAGGAAUCGAACAAUUCUUCAUCCUAGACAUUGAACUGUGCUGGGCUUUCUUCCAGUGAAAACCCACCUUUCACACCUACAAUCCACUGUCCAUUCCCACUGCUGGAUCUUCUUGAAUAUGUUACAUCUGAAAAUAUGUCCAGAAGGGCAAUAGGAGGAGGAAAAACCACAUGGAAGAACUGUGGAUGCAGCCAGACUGGGCAGGCUCAGUUUGGGUUGAAUGUGCUCUGAACAGCACUGUUUCUCUGUGCAAUGCUAGUUAGUGACUUGCCCAGGCAGACAUUCCCUUCUUUCCUUUUCAUCUUGAAAAACAGGGAACUUAUGAACAAGGGCAACAUACAGUAGCUAACCUUCUCUUAGGGAACCACCACCCGAAGUCAAAAACCCUCUACAGAAAAAAGAUGGGACUCUUUAAGCAGUGUUUCUACACUGGUCAAUAUAGAUAUAAUGUAUACACACUUCUAUACAUACUUACGUAAAUAUAUACAUAUACACACACAAAUAAAUGUGGCUCCAUAUCCUUUGGAUAUGCUCUAUGUCUGUACAGAAAAGCUAGGGAACCUCAGUUGUAUCCUAAAGGGGUUGGUAGAUACCUGAGUAAAACUGUUCAGGGAUUGGGUCACUGUUAUACAGUAUCUCUUAGUUUGGGCUGGGUCCGUGAAUUUUUGCCACCUGCUACGAAGUUGGCAUUCUGCACCGACCACAGGGAUCAUUUUGUAGGUGGAAGGGCCCCUAAGGCAAGAUUCCUGUGCAGGCACAUUGGGGGAAUGGGGGAAGCCCUUGGCUGGCAUGUUGCCAAAAGGCAGAAAAAUACAAAAUGGAUUGGAAGCAAUGCGGGGUCCUAGGUUGGAGAGGUGAAAAGGGCCAUUGCGGGAAAUCAGAAGGUAUGCUCUAGAAGUCAUCUCAGAAGAGCUACAGAGGGAAAGCUUAAAUCACAAGCACUCUUAAUUCCCACUGCACUGCAAGGUACAUCCUGAUUCCCUGCCAUGGGAUUUCUCUUCCUUCUCAUGAAGAAACACAUUGUUUCCACUGGGAUGAGGCUACUAUUGAGUGGGUUUUGCCCUCAAAGAGUCUGAAGAAUAUACAAACACAGGUCAAAUUCUCUGCUCCUGCUUCCUUGGCUUCUCUUCCCAAGCUUCCCAUUUUCUCCCAAUUUCGUUGUAUCUUCUUGCUAGGAACUAUGUUGAGGAAGUGGGUGGCUGUCAUUUGGGUGAAAGAGCUGUGGUAGAGAAGUACAACUAUGUUGGUUAGGUAGAAUUUCCUUUCCUUUACAUGGACUAAACAAUCCACCACAUCCCUUAACAUAACUUUCCAAAUAGGAUAGAUUUGUUGCUUUAAAAAUUGUAGAGUCCCGAUCUCGAUGCUAUCACCGUUUUGUGUGAGAACCCCCCAUCAUUUCUGAGGUGGAAUUGCCAGGAGGUGAAAAAUGUAUGUAAAUGUACAGACACCCCAAAACGAUUUCCUAUAUACAUACUCCUUCCAAUCGCUUCUUUAAUACGGCGUCGUCCUGAUUUACCCAAGUGCAAUAAGGCCUUCAUCUGCGGUCAACACGAAAGGGUAUAUUUGCUUUGUAUGUGUGUGGAUAGUGAUCAUUCAGUUUCAGAAAAUAAGUCGUCUGAAUUUGGUCCCCUUUGCAUGGAAUUAGGAAAGCGGUUUGCUUCUGUUUUCCACCUGCAAAUGGAUGACAUUGUCUCCUAAUCUCCUAUGGCAAGAGAGGGGAACGCCUGCCUCCUAGGCCUGCUCUCCACUCAAUUCUGUUUAGAGAAGCGUGGAUAUGCUUUGCUCCAGGGAGAGGUGAGCGAGGGUAGGUUGAGCUUUUCCCUUGCUCUUGCAUGCAAACAGUAGAUGCAAGUGAGGAAGUAGUUGUCAGGCCUUUUUUUCCUCCAAGCCUAACCCUCUAGGGCAGUGUUUCUCAACCUUGGCAACUUGACGAUGUGUGGACUUCAACUCCCAGAAUUCCCC